UGGAAAUAAAGAAAGUAAACCUAAAAAUACCCCCAAUCACUUGUAUCACUGAUCAGCUUAUCGCAGCCACCAACCCGGGAUAUGGACAUCUCGCUCAACACUCGCCUAGAUCUGCCUGCUCAUCACAAUCCGAAACGGGGAAAGUUUCCGUCCUGAGAAUCAAAUCGGUAACAAAUUGCGAGCAAAAGUCGAUCUUUACGCAAUCGGUAACGCGGACUCGACGUUCCCCCCUUCUGCAUGUUCACCACUCUCGAUCGGUCCGUUCAAAACAUCGCGAUCAGAGCCGAUGAUUCGCUGCGCGGCUCUCUUGCUAGCGUCACGUUCUCCUUCCCGGCGGGAUAUACAUAGAUCUCCACCGCACCCUCCACCCUCCCAAGUGUUGCUCCUGGCUCCUAGCUCCUGGCUCCUGGCUCCGGCCUCCACCUUCUGCAGAGCCUAUCACGACGCCCAUCACGCGGCAGGAACGGAAGAGGAUGGGGCUAGGUGCGACGCGAGCAGGACGGCACAUGCAACGCAACGUUUGACACAAGGCUUCGAGGGCUUGUAUUUCAGGUUCGCUUCGCUUGAUUGGCCACGCGAGAGAGAGCGAGAGGGAGAUAUCUCCGCACACCACGUUGUUUCACCUCGUGAUUCCCGAGCAGCGAACAGAAAAGCCCUACUUCACUCGGCGAUGAGAUGGAAAUGGCAUGCAUGUCGAGGGGUAGAAACGCCGACGAUGCGGUCGUUGCGAGGGUUCACGGCCUACCGUAUCUCGCAUUCCUUCGCCUGAUGAUCAUGAUGAUGGCGAGGCUUGAUGAGGCUUGAGGAGAAACCGGCGACGAUAAGAAUAGGUCCCCUCUUUUACUCUGGCCCGCCAGAUCGGUGCUUUCGCUUAUCUGCCCAUUUGUAAACAGACAGCA